AUGUCGCCCACCGAGGAGGCGGGGCUCUCCAUCACCUACGACUGCGGGCGAACAGGGCCGCCAGACCUCCGCCUGCUCCAUUACAACGACGUCUACCAUGUCGAAGCCGGCUCUGCAGAGCCCAUCGGCGGAACCCCGCGAUUCCAGACCCUCAUCAACUACUACCGCAACCACCCCAGAUUCGCCAACCUACCGCCGCUACUCACAUUCUUCUCAGGCGAUGCUUUCAACCCCAGUCUCGAGAGCUCCGUUACGAAAGGGCGCCAUAUGGUGCCAUUCCUCAACCAGGCCGGCACCGAUGUUGCAUGUAUUGGGAACCACGAUCUGGACUUUGGAGUUGAGCAAUUUCAGCAUCUGAGGAACCAGUGCAAGUUUCCAUGGCUGCUGGCGAACGUGCUUGACCCUGCGCUGGGCGACGGGGUGUCGUUGGCCAAUUGUCUUAAGACGUGCAUGCUGGAGUCCAACGGUGUGAAAGUUGGAGUUAUUGGACUUGGGGAGAGGGAGUGGCUGGAUACAGUCAACGCGCUUCCACCUAAUAUCAUAUACAAAUCCGCGUCAGAAACUGCAAAGGAACUAGUGCCCAGCCUGCGCGCACAAGGCGCUCAUCUCAUCGUCGCCGUGACCCAUCAGCGAGAACCGAACGACAACAAAUUGGCGACCAGGACCCCACCAGGCCUCAUUGAUAUCAUCCUAGGCGGCCAUGACCAUUUCUACGGACACAGCCUCAUCAAUUCUACACAUGUACUCCGCUCGGGAACGGAUUUUAAACAACUAAGCUACAUCGAAGCAUGGCGGAAGACGGACGAUAGCGGGUGGGACUUCUCCAUCACCCGCCGUGACGUGGUUCGAGCAAUACCGGAGGACCCGGCAACGGUAGAGCUGGUGGACAAAUUGACCUCAGCACUGAAGGCAAAACUCCAGAAACCAGUCGGCUACACAGCGAACCCGCUGGAUGCGCGGUUCUCGACUGUGCGGAGGAAGGAGUCUAACCUUGGCAAUUUUGUGUGUGACCUGAUGCGGUUUCAUCAUAAUGCGGAUUGUGCGAUGAUGGCAUCAGGAACUAUUCGUGGGGAUCAGAUAUAUCCUCCCGGACCUCUGAGGGUGAAGGAUAUUCUCAGCUGCUUCCCCUUUGAGGACCCAGUGGUUGUGUUACGAGUGACGGGGCGGGCGCUGAGAGCCGCAUUGGAAAAUGGUGUUUCCCAACUACCAGCUCUCGAGGGACGUUUCCCCCAGGUGUCAAACAUUCAAUAUGGAUACUCACUUUCUGCACCAAGUGGAUCCCGCAUUGUGUUUGUUAAAUUAGGUGGAAAUGAUCUCGAGGAUGAAAAACUGUACACGCUCGCGACACGCGGCUACAUGGCGCGGGGGAAGGAUGGGUAUACGGUUCUCCUUGCAAAGUCCGAGGGUGGGGAAGUGGAAGAGAUCAUCUCUGAGGAAAACGGGGCUCUGAUCAGCACUAUUCUCCGACAGUAUUUCCUCAGUCUCAAGGUACUUGGCAAAUGGAAUCGGCUAGGCCCCAGUAUGCAUCGUCACUGGGACUCCGUGAAUGAACGCUGGCACGGGCCCGGCUGGUUGGAAGCCACCUCCCCGCUUGCCUCUCCAGAAAAGCAGCCCGAGAAACGAAUCUCAAACCCAACCAUAAGCGGCAAUGCCAGCCCACCAAAAUUUUCCAGCUUCCAAUACAAUCCACGACCCAAACAACAACCGGGUAAAACACAGGAUCAGGUCUCACGCCGGGACCAGCCGGAUGACAUUGGCAGAGACAGUAUCAGCGAGGAUGAGAGCACCAUGGAUUCUGAAUCCGACUCAGAGCCUGAGGUGCUGAGCCGGCCAUGUACCUAUGUAACAACGGCUGCUCUUUCUGUCGAGGAUGCGGACCACAGGGAGAUAGUGGCUCGACAAUUCGUCCGAAAAUGGCAACGGAAAGCCGGACUUAACCCUGACAAAAUACAAUUAGUGGAGCGCGUAACGGAUGGAUCUUCGCCAACGUGGACACGGGCUAUUGCUCCAGUGGUGGAAGGGAGGAUUGUCCAGGUCGAUAGGGAACAAGACUGA